CUCCCGAUACGUCGAAAGUGCCGGCACGAACAUAUAUAAGGGCAGAAAUGAGUGAACCCACAGUCAAAGAAAGCAAAGAUGGCCAGCGUGUUGGACCAGCUGAAGGAGCAUACGGUGGUAGUCGCCGAUACUGGCGACUUCGAAGCAAUGAAAAAGUAUAAACCGACGGACGCGACAACGAACCCGUCGCUGAUCCUGGCGGCCGCGUCCAUGCCGCAGUACCAAAACCUCAUCGAGAAGGCGGUGGAGUACGGCAAGGACGCCGGACAGACGGAUGCGGAGCGGGUGUCGGCCACCAUGGACCGCGUGUUCGUGCUGUUCGGGAAGGAGAUCCUCAAGAUUGUGCCUGGCCGCGUCUCCAUCGAGGUCGACGCCAGGCUGUCCUUCGACACCAAGGCCAGCAUCGCCAAGGCGCGCAAGUUCAUCUCGAUGUUCGAGGCCGAGGGCAUCAGCAAGGAGCGCAUCCUGAUCAAGCUGGCCUCCACGUGGGAGGGCAUCGAGGCGGCGCGCGUCCUGGAGCAGGAGCACGGCAUUCACUGCAACCUGACGCUGCUCUUCUCGUUCGCCCAGGCGGUGGCGUGCGCCGAGGCUAGCGUCACGCUCAUCUCGCCGUUCGUCGGCCGCAUCCUGGACUGGCACGUGGCGAACACGGACAAGAAGAAGUUUGAGCCCCGCGAGGACCCGGGCGUCAUCUCGGUCACCAAGAUCUACAACUACUACAAGAAGUUCGGCUACAAGACGGUCGUCAUGGGCGCCUCCUUCCGUAACACCGGCGAGAUCACGGCCCUCACUGGCUGCGACCUGCUCACCAUCAGCCCCAAGCUGCUGGAGGAGCUCUCCAACAGCACCGACCAGCUGCACCCGCAGCUCACCGAGAGCAUGGCUAAGAAGCAGGACCUGGACAAGGUGGACAUGAGCGAGCCAGUCUUCCGCUGGAUGCACAACGAGGACGCCAUGGCCACGGACAAGCUGGCCGAGGGCAUCCGCAAGUUCGCUGCGGAUGCCGUCAAGCUGGAGACGCUGCUGCAGGCCAAGCUGAAGUAGCGGCGGCGCUUGGUCACCGUCGUCAACCGCGCAUCAUUCCAGCGCCAGGUUGUGGGUCGAUCCGGCCGUACAAAGCGUCGGACGUGUUGGAGAUUUUUUACUUUAAUUUUAUGAAUAGUUGAAUCAUGACGUAGAGCUUUGACAUCACGUGUACCGUCGCUUGGACGCACAGGGUUGCUGGAAUAUAUUUACCGCCUCGG